CGCGCACCCACCUAGACCCGCCAUGGCCCUCGACUCGGACAACGAAGUCACCCCCGAGGUGAUGCUCGCCUUCUACCGCCUCCUGUACCCCUUCCACUCCCUCUUCACGUGGCUCAACCAGGGGCAAAUCCCCACGAAGCUCUUCACGCAACGCGAGUUCGCGUUCACCCUCGCAGGAGACGUGUACCUGCGGUACCACUCGUUCAUGUCUGCCGAGGAGCUCAAAAAGCAGGUCCUCGCGUUCAACCCGACGCGUUUCGAGAUCGGGCCGAUGUACUCUGCCCGUCCGAAAGACAGAAAAACCGUCCGCCCGAGCGCGUUCACCCCGCUCCUGCGCGAGCUCGUGUUCGAUAUCGACAUGACCGACUACGACGCCAUCCGCACGUGCUGCUCCUCCGCGGACAUCUGCGCGCGCUGCUGGGCGUUCAUCGCCGCCGCCGUGCGCGUGCUGGACACCACGCUCCGGGAGCAAUUCGGCUUUCGGCACAUGCUCUGGGUAUACUCGGGGCGGCGUGGUAUCCAUUUGUGGAUCAGCGAUGCAGAUGCCCUCGAGCUCACGGACGAGCAGCGGCGCGCGCUCGUCGCGAGUUUGACGGUGAUCGAGGGCGGGAAAGAUAUGCAUAAGAAGGUGAAUGUGAGGUUUACCAAGCAGAGUCCACUGCCGCCUGCGCUGUGGGGCGCGCGGGAGACUCUGAAUGAUAGGUUUGGAGAACUCAUAUUGCGGAAUCAAGAUUGCUUUGCCUCGCAGGAGGGGUGGGAAGCACUGCUGCGUUUAGUAUCUGAUGGCGGCAUCGCCGAAACACUCCGAGAGGAGUGGACAGGUUCGAAGAUAUCAUCAAUAGACAAAUGGCUUAGGCUCCGGGAGCUCGCCAAAGGAAGCAAGUCCCUCACCAGCGCCGUGUUUGAAGACAUCCUCCUACAAUACACCUACCCCCGAAUUGACGCUGAAGUCUCAAAGCACCGGAACCACUUGCUCAAGGCACCGUUUUGCGUACACCCAAAGACAGGGCGCGUCUGUGUCCCGGUGGACCCCAGCCGAAUCGACGAGUUCGAUCCCGUAAAGGUGCCGACCGUCGGGCAGCUCCUACGGGAGCUCAAUGAGGCAGGUGAGGGCGCAGACUGGCAGAAGACGAGCCUGAAGCCGUACGUGGACCUGUUCGACCAGCACACGAAGGGGAUCAUGAACGAGGUGCGACUAGCGAAGAUGAAGGCCUCGGCGAACGACGUCCAAGAUUGGUGAUCCAUCCGGCGGCUCGGGCGUUUUGCUUCACGCGGUCUUCGUCGUCUGUUGGCUCA